AUGUCUGACUCUUCCGCCCCGGCACCAGUACGGAGCGUGGUUUCGCGGCCCGUCAGCGAGGCCCUGCUGAACGAGAAGUGGGACCACUGCCUGUCCAACCUGGUCAUCAAGUCGGCUCUCGGCCUCGGCUUCGGCGUCGUCUUCUCCGUCCUUCUCUUCAAGCGGAGAACCUGGCCGGCCGUCAUCGGCGUCGGCUUCGGCGCCGGCCGCGCCUACGAGGAGUGCAACUCGGCCCUCAAGCAGGCCGCCAAGGACAUCCGGAAGACCGCAUAA